AUGGAUUGGCCGACAGCACGGCGGGAAACUUUGCCUUAUGGCGCAGCAUUAUUGAUAUUUUCUGUAGGGUUCUUUGUUAUAUACCCUUUGGUGGCCUACUUCAGAGAUCCCAAAGGAUUACGGCGAUUCUCCAACUUUAGCCCAUUUGCUGGAAUCACGACUAUUCCGUUCAUGAUACUUGCUCACGGCGGCGCGCGGUCCGCACAUCUUGCAAAACUACACAAGAAGGAACCUGUCCUGCGCACCGGACCUAAUACCCUGUCGUUCGGAAGCGUUCGCGCAAUCAAGGAUAUAUACGGACAUGGCACACAUUGCACCAAGGACGAAUCCUACAUACUCACCGCCAGCAGCCACUAUCAUCUUGCCGACGUUGUCGAUAAGGGCGAGCAUGCUAGAAAGCGAAAGGUGCUUUCCUCGGCGUAUGCUCUGAAGAACCUCGAAUCCUGGGAGUACAAAGUCGCCGACAAAGUGGAGCGAAUGGUUGCGCAGUUUGAUCAGCGCUGCACGGCUCCUCUCCUGGCUGGAAUGCAUCCAUUACCCGAAGAAUUGAAUAUCGACUUCCGCAUGUGGUCCAACUUCUUCUCGCUAGAUGCCAUUGCGGACAUUGGUGUUUCCGAGAGACUCAAUCUUCUCGACAAUGGCCACGACCAGGUGGUGGCCCAGGGCAAAGAUGGUUCGCUUUUCAAAGCCAACAUCCGCGAGAGCCUGUAUCCUAUCGCCCGCAAGCAGUCGCUGCUUAUAUGGAGUUACGACUACUACAAGUUAAUCGACAAGAUCUCUAACAUCAUCCCAUAUUAUCGUCAAAUGUCCAAGGCCAACCACAGCUGGGAAGGCAUCGUACUCCGACGUGGACAUCAGAGGUUAGAGCGUUACAGGGCUGGAGAGAAGUUGGACGACUUCUUCCAGGCACUGAUGGAGGACAAGAACGGCUCCCCCAACAACCUCGAGUGGGGCGAAAUUAUCGCCGAAAUUAACAUCAUGAUGAAUGCAGGCAGUGUCACCACGGCAAUCGCACUAACAAAUGUGUUGUACCAGCUUCUCCGAAACCCAAAGAUCAUGGCGCGUCUCCAUGAAGAGGUCGACGCGGUCCUGGACCCCGAAGAAGUCGUCGCCCCAUAUGACAAGAUCAAGCAUCUGCCAUAUCUCAAGGCCUGCCUGGACGAGUCGUUGCGUCUGUUCCCGCCUACUCCACAAGGUCUGCCGCGAAAGACACCGGCCGAAGGUGCUUCAAUAAUGGGCCACUUCAUUCCCGGAAACACCACUGUAAGCGUGUCAGCAUUCGUUGCCCAUCGUGACGAGUCGGUAUUCCACGAUGCCGACUCGUUCAUCCCGGAGCGAUUCCUCGGUGAGGGGGGCAAGAACAUGCAAGCAUCAUUCAUCGCCUUCUCGGCAGGUGCCCGAGGUUGCAUUGGUCGCAACAUCUCCUAUUUGGAGCAGGCUGUGCUGUUAGCCUCUGUGAUCCACCGGUAUGAUUUUUCCCUAGGUAGAGGCUUUGAACUACAACGAGAGGAGACGAUGAAUCACAUUCUCGGUGAGAUGCCAGUGAAGGUGUGGCGGAGAGAUCUGGGAAAGGAAUGA